GGUCUGGCUUACAGGCAUCCACCACCCAGAGAUGGAGAACAGCUCUCGUGAUCAGAAUCCCCUCUGCUGCAAGGCCUGGUCGCUCCUUGUGCUUUACAGGUAAAACCCCAAGCGUGAGGGUGUAAGUUUUUUGAUGGCUCGAGACACGCUGGUGAGCACAGCAGCUGACUGGGCCAGGCUUUCCUUUCCCUGCUUAAAGCAGGUUAUGAGCUCUGCAGAGUGUGAAAUCACCGGUUCAAGCAGCUGAGGAUGCCAAGGCAGGGAGCAGAACCACCACAGAUCAGGACUUGUUUGCCUUAAUGUGCUUAAUGCCCAUUAGCAGCACAGGGCGCAUUCCAGGGCGUGAGCUUUUGUAGCACCUUGAAAGCACUUCCUGAAUUCUCAGGGACUCCUCUUUCCCUCCCCAGUGCCUCACAGAACACCUGAAGGACAUGUGUCUGUGCACCACCCUCACCUGCUCCAUCCGACAAGUGCCAGCCUGCUGGGGUUUGGAGCAGGAUCCUGCGGAACAGCAGCCCUGCAUCUCAGGGAACGAGGCUUCCCACGUCAGCACAGCCGAGUGGAGAUCUCCAGGGGAAAGCCAUCACAUGCAGAACUCAGCACUCUGUCACUCAGAUUUCUCCUCUUCGUUGGCUCAGCAGAUCCUGGUAUUUUAAGGAGCAUCCAUUGGAAAGGUGCAGCAAGAAGACAUGUGGCUCCCAGCUGCCUUCUUCCCCCUGCUCCUGCUGCCCCUGAGCUGCUCUCACCUGGUGCACUGGACUUACAAAGAAGGAGAGCUGGAUGAAGAGCACUGGGGGAAGCACUUUCCAGACUGUGCUGGCAAGCACCAAUCUCCAAUUGACAUCCAGAGGAAGAAAGUGAGGUACAACCCCCUGCUGCUGGAGCUGGAGCUCAAUGGUUACGACGGGCCUUUGCAGGGGGAUUUCAAGAUGACCAACAAUGGUCACUCUGUUCAGAUCGAUCUGCCACCCACCAUGAACAUCUCCAGAGGGCUCCCAGGCCUGUACACGGCUGUCCAGAUGCACCUGCACUGGGGUGGCCUGGACCUGGAGACCAGUGGCUCAGAGCACACCAUAGAUGGGAUGAGGUACUUUGCAGAGCUGCACAUUGUCCAUUACAACUCUGCUGACUACUCAAGCUUUGAGGAAGCCAAGGACAAACCCAACGGGCUGGCUGUGCUGGCCUUCCUCUAUGAGGAUGGGCACUUUGAGAACACCUACUACAGUGAGUUCAUCUCCAAGCUGGGAAGAAUCAGGUUUGCAGGUCAAUCAACGAAGCUCAGCUCUCUGGAUGUCCAAGCCAUGCUGCCAGAAAACCUCUCACACUUCUACAGGUACCAGGGCUCCCUGACAACCCCACCCUGCUCUGAGAGUGUGAUCUGGACCAUCUUCCACACUCCCAUUGUCUUGUCACACACACAGAUCAGCCUGCUGGAGAACACCUUAUUGGACUGGGAGAACAGGACCCUGCGCAACGACUACCGGCACGGCCAGCCCCUCCACGGGAGGGUGGUGGAGUCCUCCUUCAGAGCCAGACCCCCCCAAGCACAAUGCCAUCCAGAGGAGUUCACCCUCAGACUGGAUCAAAUCCAGGCACAGCUCCAAGACAUGAAGACGGAGUUGCUGAAUGGAGUGAGCCACACAGGUAUUAAACCCAGCGCUUUUCCAGCUUUCUACUUCCCUGUGGAAAACAUUGAGAGCUUUGUGGAUGUCCAUCCCCUCCGUGCCAUGUCUCUCCAAGCCUUCACCUUGUGCUUCUGGGCCAGAUCCCAGCACUCCGGGAGCCAGACCGUCCUGUCCUACUCCACCCAGGAGAGGGACAACGAGCUGGUGGUGACCCUGGGCACAGAGGUGGGACUGUGGAUAGGAGGCCAUUCCAUCAGCUUCCCCCUGCACCACAAGGCCCAGAACUGGCUGCACUACUGCUUGGCGUGGGCCUCCCAGCCCGGAACGGCCAACGUGUGGCUCAACGGAGCGGCCGGCAAGGCGGUGAGCGUCCAGAAGGGCUACGUGAGCCAGCCCGGAGGGAUGCUCGUCCUCGGGAAAGACAGAGACACUCUCCUUGGGACGUUCUCCAACGGGUUUGUGGGGUGGAUGGCUCAGGUGAACCUGUGGAGCCACGUUCUGAGCCCUGCCGAGGUUCGGGCGCUCGCGCUGUGCAAGCCGGGGCGGCCGAAGGGGGAUGUGGUAGCCUGGGGACAAACCCCCAUGGCCCUCCUCGGGGGGGUGGUUCUGGAGGCUGACACCAGCUGCCAGUGAUUCCCAGCUGCUGGUUGGUUGUUUUUUUUUUUUUUAAUUAAGGCAUCAGAAGAAUCUGAACUGCCUGCUGGGGAAACUGAGAAGAAUUGGGAUUAUUGGCUUGUUUCUCCCUCUGCUUUGUGGUGGGCUCACCGUGCACCUGCUGCUGCUCCAGAGUGUCUGUCCAAGAGAGCAAAGCCUCCCUCGGUGGGAUAGAGGCAAAGAACAGCAGAACUUGAGGCACAGUCCAGCACCUUGGGCUGUCACACCCCUCGCAGGAAUUUUAGAUCCCCCGACCUAGAUCCUUCGUGCCAAAGAGCUGCUCUCCUUGGUCAAAGGAGCCACUUUCUCAAAUAAAAUUUCUGUCCCAUCCUUCA